AUGAUGAAGACACUCCUGAUCUCCUGCCUCCUCUUGGCCCUGCUUCCUCCAGGUGAGCAGAACCACAGCCGCUGGGCUGUUCGUCAUGUUUCCAGGAAGGAACGAGGUGGGGGGGGGUGUCAGCAAUUAAAGCAGGAUGAGGAAGGAACCAGGACUUGUGGUUCCUUUGAAAGGGAGAGGAAUAAAGCACAAGGCCGGAUUACAAAGGAUCCUCAAUGCUCUAUUGUUUUGUUACCAAUAUUCAAUUUUUAUUUUACCAAAUGCAUGCAGAGAGCUGUGGCAUCCCCAAGUACAUUGGGGGAGCGAGAAAGGCAGUAGUUCACUCUUCGAUGAACCAGAAUCCUAGCUCAUAUUUAAAGCAAAGAGUAAGUUUCUUGCAUUUGUAGAAGUUUAUGAUAGGAGACAAUGUAUAGGCACUAUUCUUCUCAUAUUUUGGAGCGGAAUUACCCUGCCCCCCCAUGCAAACUUUAAGUUUCCUGGUGUUAAAUGCCACCCCAAUCUCUGAGUGGAGUCAGGUCACAGGGGUACCAGAUGUGCUUACCAGAGUCUGUCAUGUUUGCUGGUGCUGAUGGGAGUUGUAGUACAACAACUUCGGGAGGGUUAAAGGUUUCCCACACCUUCUCUACUGGUCCUCUCCCUCAGACUGCAGGAGUCAUUUUCUACAAUCAUUCUCUGGUCUAUGCAAGGCCCACCCCUAUUCACAGAGUUUAAGAACUACAGAAGGAAUAUAUAUAGAAAGCAUUAUGUAGCUGAACAAUGGUCCAUCUAGUCUAGCCUCUUGUUCUUGCCAUGGGUCCUAUGGGAAGCCCCUAAGAAAGAUCUGAGUGCAACAGCUCACUUUAUGUAGAUUCAAGUAACUAGUAUUCAGACAAAUAGUGCCUACAAUAUUGCAGAAAAAAUAUAUCAAUUGAGGAUGGUAACCAUGUAUGUAUCUAGUCCGCUUUUGAAGCUAUCCAAGUCAGUGACCUUUGCUGCCUCUAGUAAGAUGAAGUUUGUAGCAAAAAGUGUUGUGUUCAUGUACCUUGACGCAGACCUAUUCCUCCUACACAGUUACUAAUGUUUUCUAAACCCAUUUUCCCCCUGUCUGCAGUGGCAUCUCUGAUAUGUGAGUCUUGUUUCAGUCAAGGAAAAGAUUGCAGAAAUGCCACCACUGAGGAGUGUGACGAUUCCAGUGACCAGUCCUGCUUGUCUGCCGGUGGAGAAGGCAAACUGUGUAAGUGAGAAGAACUUUCAACCUCUUUGAUUACCAAAACGUAAACCCCCUGACUCACUUUCUAAGGCCAUAUCUUAGCCACAAGCCACGGAACAUGACUUUUGAUAAAGUAGUGUUCUAGGUUCUGCAUUUCCUGUAGGAGCAGGGAAGAAAUUCAAGUCAGUUCAUAUUUAAAGGUGUGUUUACUCAAUUGGCAGAGCAAAACAAAGCCAUCCUUCAGAAUCUGCCCUUCUCCCAUUUUUGCAAUUCAGUUGUCCAGCCAUGUAAUCUAUAGACAAAUGCACAUACUAGGGUAAAGUAUGCAUACAAUAACCUACAAGCUUUUGUAGUUGGAGUCUGUCAGGUUCCCAUCUCCCAGGCCAAGUGAAAAAUGACCUGCAAGGGAGAGAGCUAGUCUGCCAGGAUUCACAGCCAAUAUAGUCAACAAACACCCUGCCCCCCCCCCAAGGGGGAAACCAUGACUGCUUAAAUCAGUAUGACCCUGCAGAUAGGGCCUAAGAGUACAAAUUACAUUCACACUAAAUGUUGAUGGUGGGGAUGAGGAGUUGGAAACUGAUAUGAAAAUGUGGAGAAAUGAAUUUAAAAUAAGAAACCAAGAGAAACUGACACUGACAUAUUGCCCCUUCCUAAUUGCUUGUGGUACAUGCUCCCUUUAUGAGCUCCAGCAUCGACUCUCAUUGCUCCACUUAUAGGGUGGAUUUGGUUUCAAUCACGAUUUAAAUCACAAGCCAGUAAGACUUGAUUUAAAUUUUUUUUUACAGAAAGACUCAUUCUUGCUGGUAUAAUCUUAAUAUUUACGAGAUGAAGGUUUUGUUUUGGAAUAAUAAAUUUUCAGAGUGGUUUUUACAGUUAUAUCAAAAAUUACUGAUUUGGUUAUACUAUUAGAAAUACAUUGACAGAUAAUUAUGAAAUUUUUGUGAGGUUUAAUAAAUUAACUGUUUAUAUUUGGACAACUUUUCUGCUGUACUUUAUUGGAAGGAAAAAAUAAUCAUUUCAUUAAUAACAAUUUAAACAAUUUAUUUAACUAAAACAAUAACAUUAUAGCAUAUGUAUCCAUGUUUCUUAACUGAUGUGGUUAAAUGAUUUUUUAAGAAAUACCUUGGAGGGAGUUAUAAAGGUAAAGGUAAAGGUACCCCUGCCCAUACUGGCCAGUCGUGUCCGACUCUAGGGUUGCGUGCUCAUCUCGCUCUAGAGGCAGUGAGCCGGCGGCGUCCGCAGACACUUCCGGGUCACGUGGCCAGCGUGACGAAGCUGCGGCUGGCGAGCCAGCACCAGCGCAGCACAUGGAAACGCCAUUUCCCUUCCCGAUAUAGAGCGGUACCUAUUUAUCUACUUGCACUUAAGAGUGCUUUCGAACUUCUAGGUGGGCAGGAGCUGGGACCGAACGACGGGAGCUCACCCUGCCGCAGGGAUUUGAACCGCCAACCAUACGAUCAGCAAGUCCUAGGCACUGAGGUUUUACCCACAGUGCCACCCACGUCCCUGGAGGGAGUUAUAGCACACAAGAAAAACUUAAAACAAAUCCUUAUUUCCUGAUGAGGAUAGCCUUUGGACUAUAAUGUACCGUAUUUUUCGGACCAUAGGACGCACUUUUUCCCCUCCAAAAAUGAAGGGGAAAUGUGUGUGCGUCCUAUGGAGCGAAUGCAGACUCCUCGGCUUCAGCGAUAGCAAUGCGAAGCCUCCGAAGCCUGCGCUCCGGAGGCUUCGCGUUGCUCCGCUGAAGCCAGGAGAGUCUGCUCUUUGAGGCUGGCGGUGGGGGAAAGCAGCGCUGCCCCCAUCGCCAGCCCCAGAGGAUGGGGGGCAGCGAGAAGGCGCGCGACGCCUUGCCGCUACCCUCCAACCCGGCUUCGAGGCUGGCGGUGGGGAAAGCAGCGCUUCCCCCAUCGCCAGCCCCAGAGGAUGGGGGGCAGCGGGAAGGCGCGCGACGCCUUGCCGCUACCCUCCAACCCGGCUUCGAGGCUGGUGGUGGGGAAAGCAGCGCUUCCCCCAUCGCCAGCCCCAGAGGAUGGGGGGCAGCGGGAAGGCGCGCGACGCCUUGCCGCUACCCUCCAACCCGGCUACGAGGCUGGCGGUGGGGAAGCAGCGCUUCCCCAUCGCCAGCCCCAGAGGAUGGGGGCAGCGGGAAGGCGCGCGACGCCUUGCCGCUACCCUCCAACCCGGCUCGAGGCUGGCGGUGGGGAAGCAGCGCUUCCCCAUCGCCAGCCCUAGAGGAUGGGGGGGCAGCGGGAAGGCGCGCGACGCCUUGCCGCUACCCUCCAACCCUCCUUUGGGCUUUUGCGGGAGAUGGGGGAAUUCCCCCACCUCCCGCAAAAGCAGGCAAAAGCCGUGCGCUCUUUAAAGGGGCUCCGUGGCUUUUCUAGGAGGUGGGGGAAUUCCCCCCCCACCAAGAAAAUCCCGCACGCGCCGCCCCCCCCUUAAAUAGCAAGCGGCUCUUGGGGGCUUUCCCCAAGGAGGGAGAAGGGACUGACUGGCCGAGUCAGUCCCUUCUCCCUCCUGCGGGCUUUUGGGGGAGAUGGGGGAAUUCCCCCACCUCCCGCAAAAGCCCGCAAAAGCCUCGUGCUCUUUAAAGGGGCUCCGCGGCUUCUGCUGGCUUUUCUACGAGGGGGGGAAUUCCCCCACCUCCUAGAAAAGCCUGCAGGAGCCGCGCACCCUUUAAAGAGCGCGCCGCUCUUGGGGGCUUUUCCCCGAGGAGGGAGAAGGGACUGACUGGCCGUUUCAGUCCCUUCUCCCUCCUGGUCGAAAAGCCCGCAGGAGUCGCGCAGGGCUCCUGUGGGCUUUUGCGGGAGGUGGGGGAAUUCCGCCACCCCCCGCAAAAGCAGGGAGAAGGUCUUGGAGUAGCGGACAGGCUGCAUGCAGCCUGUCCGCUGCUCCCAGAGCUGCGGGGGGGGGGGAAAUCAUAUUUUUUCCCUUGAUUUCCCCCCCUGAAAACUAGGAGCGUCCUAUGGGCCGGUGCGUCCUAUAGUCCGAAAUAUACAGUAACUUAAAUAGGUUCUCCAAACAGCCAAAGGUUCUCCAUUCCUGACUCACAUUCAACAAAUAGAUAAAACUGGAGAAAUCUCUUUCUGCUCCAAGCAGGGCCAGCUCAACACAAUUGGAUACCUGAGGCAAACCAUAAAAUGUUCCCCACCCCGCAGACCCGGAAGAAAGGGUGACUGAAGAUUAGGCCUGGGCGAUUAAUUGAUAUAUCAUCUCAGGACCGGUAUGAGGGGCAGACCGUGAUGACAGCUUCACUCAGCAGUAAAUCGGUGGGGGAAACCAUGCCGAUCCUGAUUCCCUCUGCCUCCAGCACCCAGCACACUGAGGAAAAACUAAACAAGCUGCAGCCUGGAGCUGGAAGCAGAGGGACUCAGGAGGGGUGGCAGUUUCAUGAAAGAUAUAUCGCUGAGUGAAAUCACCAUCAUGCUCUGUCCUUCCUACCGGCAGUGGGAGAAACAAGCUGUAUGACAAGGCUUAUAAAGAUUAUUCCUCCCUCCCUCCUUAAACUGCUUGGGUUAAGAGCACACCGCUGCCCUCGCCUCAGCCAAGCAAUUUUGCGGAAACCCCAAAUGAGCCAGUAGUGGGGCAGGGGCUCAGUUAAAGUGCUCCUCCUCCCCAGCUACAAGAGCAUGGGUGGAGUGCAGGCUCCGGCGAGAGACAGCCUUGGCUGCCACCUGCCUGCUUUUUCAGCACAGAAGGAAAGACGGAAGCCACUCUGCCAGUCGAAGGCAGCCAGGCAGUGCAGGCAGCCCUGCAAGGCACAGGUAGGGUGGCUUUGCAGCCUGCGCUUUGCGAAUGACCACCCCACAAGGAAAGAGGCAGUGUGCCUGCACGGGCACCAGCGAGGCAGAGGGAGCCUCAGAAAGGAGCUCCGAGGUGGUAUUUGAUGCAGGUGGCGCUGUGGGUUAAACCACAGAGCCUAGGACUUGCCAAUCAGAAUGUCAGUGGUUCGAAUCCCCGCGACGGGGUGAGCUCCCGUUGCUCGGUCCCUGCUCCAGCCAACCUGGCAGUUCGAAAGCAAGUCAAAGUGCAAGUAGAUAAAUAGGUACCGCUCUGGCGUUAAGGUAAAUGGCGCUUCCGUGCGCUACUCUAGUUCGCCAGAAGUGGCUUAGUCAUGCUGGCACAUGACCCGGAAGCUGUACGCCGGCACCCGCGGCCAAUCAAGCGAGAUGAGCGUCGCAACCCCAGAGUCGGUCACAACUGGACCUAAUGGUCAGGGGUCCCUUUACCUUUUAAACUUGCGAUGGGGGAAAUCUGAAACCAGCGAGACGAAAUGUUUGAAAAGGACUGGAGUAGAUUUGUACAAUAUAUGAAUAGACAUUGCAAACAUUUUAAAACAUUUGCAGGAUUGAUUUAAAAUAUUUUGUUAGGUUAUGAUUUGAUACCUGUUUAUAAAUAUUAGAAGUAAGUCUGUUAAGUAUGGAGAUAAAGUAAAUAGGGUGAUUUAGAAAUGCGAAAUAAAAGCGAUUGCAUAUGGAAGUCAGGGAGGGGGAUGGGAGGUAGUCAAUGCUCAAUUUGAGCAAACAUAUAUGUGAUGAAGAAAUUUUAUUUGGCUGUUAUAAAGGGAAAAAGAAAUUUUAAUAAACAUUAUAUUAAAAAAGAAAAAGGAAGGAGCUCCAAGGUCCCUGUCACGAACAACAGAGACAUGGGGUGGCUCAAAUGGGGGAGAGGAACUGACGAGGAGGUGGCAGAUCUUGCCUCCAAGGAUCACACCACAGCUUCAAAGGCAGCAGCAUCAGGCGAUGCUUUUCUUGGUGGUCAGAUCCCCUGCCCCUCUGGAUCCUGCCCAUAAGGUGACCAUGAACCCUUGCCUCAUGGGUGGACCAGCCCUAUCCCCAGGUCUAGUUAUUUCCUAUUCCAAUUCUUUCUUUUAUAGCACUUUUCGGGUCAAGAGUGGUUUUCAAGUCCUGCAUCAAUACAGAGUUGUGCGAUGCAGACUAUGUCAGUGUCUCCAUAACCUCAUCACUGUACGCCCACAGCAAGCUCUCCUGCUGCAAGACAGAUAUGUGCAACAGCGGACCUCCUGAAAGUAAGUAUCAUCAUCAGGAAAGCUGGUCUCACAAAACUCAAGCAAUGAGAGAGGUCAAAGAAAGACAAACAAGUUUUUGGCAGUAUCCUGAUGUCAGGGACUGACUAAACAAGGAGGAGUGGUGGCAGCCAGACACUCCAGGAGGUGCCCGAGGGUGACACUAGGAAAGAAGAUUUCAAACCUGAUUCAGAUUGGUGGGACAGGGAGGAGCCACUGACAGAGGGAACCAGAAGGGAAGCAUUGGAGCCAUAGUAUGGGGGUGGCGGGAACUAAUAGAACAAAACCCAAAAUCCCAGUAAGAAGAUUACGUGAACAACAUACAGCAUCUAUUAGCAAAAAUUACAAGGGAGCAUCACAGUUUUACCUUAGUGCUAGAAACACCCCUCCCAUAAUUUUACAGUUCCUCUCUGACAGCUGCUUCUGUUAUUUACAUCCUAUGCUUUCCUCCAAAAAGCUUGAGCUCCCACUCACCAUUUUAGCCUCAAAAUAUCCAGUGAAAUAGGUUAAGCUGAGAGAUGGUUCCUGGCCCCAGGCCACUCAGCAAGUGUCAUGGCUACAGUGGAAUUUGAACCCUGGUCUCCUAGAUUCUAGUCCAACCCUCUAACCACUACACUUCACUGGUUCAUUGGUUGCCCAGAGUUCUAGCCCCCAAACCUAGAGUGACCCAUUUUCUUUGAUGCAUUUGUGUUUGUAGAGAUAUAUUUGUGGGACAGUCCUCUGUCCUUCUUGUAGAGGAAGGAACUGAUUUCUUUUAGGUUUGCAUUCAGGGAAUUAAUAUCUUCAGGUGAAAGCAAAUGCUAAGAAAGAUGUAUUAGAUGCAAUGGGCUCCAGUGCCACCUAAUUACUAAGCUAUAGAGGAACACUAUCUACACAAAGGGGAGAACAACCAGGUGGUGCAAAGAAUAAAAAGUUUAAAAAAUUACAUUUGUUGCUCCACUCACUUUCACAACAGGCCCUGUCACUGUCAUGUGGCCCUGAGAAGCUUGCCUAGAAGGAAAUGUGGCCCUCACUGAAACAGUUAAUACGAAGGUUCAAUCUGUAAGCCCCGGCUAGGCUCCUGGCAUACACCAGCUGCUGACGCAGGCCUGUAUCACCAUCCUUUUCAAACUAGAGACAGAAGCUAGGGUUGGGAUUUGAACGAAGAACCCCAAAGCUGGAAGCUGCACUGAGCCGGAGCCUGACUUAGUGAGCUACCAUGAAUUGCAUCCUGAGACCCUCAGGUGCAGAGGAAGAUAGGAAUAACAGCACACCAGUUCUGGUGUUCCUUGGUUUGGUAUCCAAUAGUUUGUUCACAAGCUGCAAUAAUGGAUGUUUUUAGCUUGGUGCAGUGUUCCUCGAUCUUAUCAGGGAAUUCUGAAUGCAGAUGGUCCUUAAGAGUCCUUUGGAAGCAAUCCCACUUAAUGAGAUCUUGAAGGGCUUGAGUGUUCAUUUUGCACCUUGGUUUACUUCCUUGAAGCCGGCUACCAUUUUGUCUCUCAGAAUGCCCCCCAGUGGUGCUCAGUGCUAAGCCCAAUUGCUUAAAGUGGUAUCCCUGUGCUUGAAAUGUAUUCUGUUAAUGUGGCCCCUGUCAGAAAUCUCUUGCACCAUGCAUUAAUGUAGCCCUGGAUGAAUGGAGUAUGGCUGAAGCACUCCACUUGCAGAAGUGCUAGAAGGUGGUACGCAUCCAUCUUGGAAGGGAAGCACAAUUCCCACCCCUCACAUACAGCAAGUUGUGGUUUGCAUCUGAAAAAGAAAUACAUUGACUAAUUGCAAUGUUGGUGUGGUGUGGUGAUUGUUUUCCAGUGCCUGAGAGUGAGACGAGGGAGCUCAAUGGGCUGAAGUGCUCGAGUUGCUUCUCCAUCUAUUCAGACGAGUGUGAGGGCAAUAAGACCGUCAGCUGCAGAAAUGAGGAGGAUCAAUGCUUCUACAUUGGGGCUCGCCUGAACUUCGGUGAGUCUUGUAUGAUGGAGUGCAGCUAAUGCCCCAUCUGUACUAUACAUUUAAAGCAUAGAUUUUGUUAAAUAAAAAUACAUCUUUAAAUUUGCACUUUAAAUUGGGGGGGGAGGGGUAGGAUGGAGACCCACAGGCCCAGGGGCCAAAGGCAUUCCUCUAGGACUCUCUCUCUCUGGGCUUUGGGAUCCUUAGACACACCUCCUCUCCAUAGGCCACACCCCUCACAAGCCCCACUUCAUACCCUACCUGUAUGCUUUGGCCUGGCUGGAUUGUUGCCCCUGAAUCUUGGUUACCUGGAGGGGGUAUAGAGAGGGGGGGUUGAAUGUAUGUAUAAAAUAGCCUGCAGUGUAAAGGUGAAUUUUACAUAUGUUUCCAUUGGCAUGUGGACCUCCCAGAAGGUCACCCAGACUGGAAAAAGGCUCUUGGUCUGAGAAAAGUUGCCCACCCUUCUGUUUGAGGGAGUGGGUUUUGGAUUCCAAAAUAUAUGUGUGUGUUUUUCCCAACAGGGGGAAGCAGCAUCCUAGGCGCUCUCCGAGGCUGUGGAACAGCUAGUUUCUGUGACUACACUGAGGGGUUGCUGGAGACUGGUCUUGAAUCAUUAGGAAUUGAGAUCACUCAAUUUAAGUGCACUGAAGCAAUGGACGAGGAUUCCAAUGAGCUGUAG